AUGUCCAUGGAUUAGUUUUACGAUAGAAGAAUCAUCUAUUAAAACGAAAGCAUCACUUACGAAGAAGCUUACGUUCUUAAUGGAACAAGAGUAGUUUCGACUGAAGAUAUAAUUGAAAUCAUAGCAAAUGUAUUAACAGAAAUUAUAGAGUAAACUGAUAAGUAGACGAUACAAUAUGUUACAAAUUUUCAUGGUAAAAAUGUACCUUCAAUUAGCAUAAAAGAGUAUUUGGCAAGAAUAGCUAGAUGUUCACACUGCUCAUAGGAGUGCUUUAUUUUUGCUUUGAUUUAUGUGGAUAGAAUUACUGAACGUCAUUAGAAUUUCAUUAUCAAUAGCUAUAACAUCCACAGAUUACUUAUCACUUCAAUUAUGCUCGCUACUAAAUUUUUUGAUGACAGAUACUAUAACAAUGAGUACUAUGCUAAAGUUGGCGGUAUUGGAAAUUAGGAAAUAAAUUUACUUGAAAGAGAUUUCUUGUAGCUGAUUAACUUCCGUUUAUACAUUGCACCAAUCUUGUUCUUUAGAUAUCGCGAGAGAUUACUUGAGUCUUACAAUUUUGAACCUAUGUAAAACUGA